ACGACAGAAGAAGAAUGUCUGCCCUGUCAAAUUAGCAAAUGCUAACUAGCUUUAAAAUGGCAGUGCAGUAAGAUGUGCUGGUUACGUUUGUAGUCACUGUAGUCCUGGAAAUGCUGCAACGAUGGAGCUCGCUUGGGAAGAUCCUCUUAUUCCCGAUGCUCCAUUCUUUACCAAAGAUGUCUAUGAUAAAUGUUCACUAGCACCGAGUGUCAGAGAACUGUGGACCUUUCUCCAGUGUCCUGCAGAUAAUGCUAGUGCUGAAACUGCAAAGACCUCAUGCUCUCAAUCCCAUGAAGACGCAGCACACGUGAAAGACAACAGUGGCCUCAGUUUGGAUUGUUUUGAUAGUGACGAUCCAGAUUCAAACAAUGAAGCUGAAGUUGCUGAAACAUGUCAAAACAAGACUAAAAAAAAGAAAAAGAAGAAGAAGGCCAAGGCAGACAAGGUUGUUUUCCCAGACCCUAGACUGCCCUUUCCUUGUCCAUCAACACUGUCCAGCAAGGAGCAAAACCUAUAUCUUGGCUUUUUAAUGAAUAAGAAACCCAGGGAUCUUCCAGAGACGUUGAAGGCAAAAGUAAACAGUGAAGUGAUGCAGUUCAUGAGGUAUUUGCAAGAUGUGGCCAGAUCAUGCACUGAUGACUACAAUUAUAUAUCACAGGCUGCGAUGCAGUAUUCAGAGGAUUUUUUCAAGUCCUGUUUGGAGUGCAUCAAAAGCAUUCCUCAGCUUUAUCAGAUCACUGAGAUGACCAGUUUGACUGGAGGGACGUUCAACCCAGGGCUGACACUGACCAUGGAAAAACAGCUGCUAAUAAUGGGUAAUGUGGAUAUUACAGACCACAACAUCGUGCCUGCCGAAGCACAGCUUGCUUCGGAUUAUCAAAGUGUUGCAUCAGAGAGUCCUCCGGACGAAAAAGCUAAGGACAUGCACGCUGCAGUCAGCACCGAUGCCAAUGCAGAGCAGCUGAGCAGCCGUUAUGAACCACAUGUUUGUUUGACUCGGGAUGCCCUGUUCAAGCUACUGGACAAUCAUGGUCCUGAGUUUGCGGAGCCAUGGGAAGUGCCUGUUUGGAUCAAAUUGAAUCCAAGAAAAGGCAGCAGCCGGAAGAAGAUGGUGUUCAUAGACUCCCCCCUUCUGAAAACUGAAAUGACAGUGAGGGAGAGGAGUCACUUCUACCAUGAAGAGAGUUUGAAGCUCGCCAUACAGCAGAGCGGCAGCAAAAAUGUUUUCCAUUUAAUGACAACGCUUCCUUCAAGUGAGCAGCAACAGUCUGUGGAAAGCUCACAGAGAAAUGUAGUUUCAUUUGACAACGACAGCCUGGACUUUGAGGUGGAUCUAACUGACCUGGAGACAUUUGGGGAAUCUGUGCUGACUAAAACCCCAAAGACACAGAUUGAACUGCCUGAAUGUGUUAAAGAACAGAAGGAUCUGGGGGCCUUACCUUCAAAGAGAAAAACAUCCACUGAGAAUCUUUCAGCCGCUGCAGCAGAGAUGAACCAGGACAACGCUGGAACUACAGAGGGAACACCUCAGCAGGGUGUUAAAAAGACUAAAAGAAAGAGACAGGACUCCACACAGAGCAGUGCUGCAGACCUGCCUCAUAAAGGAGACUCUGACGAUGAGAAGCUGGUCAUUGAUGAUGGUCUGUCUCCAGCCUCCACACCAACAGAACGUCCACCGAGCUCUUCAGGAUCUCCUUCAACCCCUGUGCCCGAGAGCAUCCCCGACACGUUGGGUUCACCUUCCCCUCAGAAAGCUGUGAGACAGAACCGGCAGCCCAAAAAAGCAAAGACGGGCGACCAACUGGGAGAGAUUCUCCGCAUGCAGACAGCAAUGUUCAACUCCUCUAACAGCACAAAGAAAUGCUCCUCUAUAUCCCAUGAGGUAAACUCACCCAGUCAAGCUGUUAGAGUUUAUUCCCAUCCGACAUCUUUGGUCAAAACCUGUGUGUCUUCGUAUUUGGAGAGGAACCAAAACCAGGAUGCCGAAAAUUUCACCACUCCCCAGAAGUCAGAAUCGGCAGCUAACAUCCCUGCUACAGAGCAUAAAAAAAUACUCUCAGAAGAGCUGCAGGCUGGUGCAGAAGAUGAACAGGAUUACAAGACUCCAGACAAGAGUAACCUCCUGUACAAGCUCUACAGUCUGCAGGACCUGCUGGUCAUGGUUCGCAGCUCGGUUCCACUGACCCAUUCCAGAAAAGUGGGCAGCCAAAAUGAGCUUGUUCCAGUGCAUGUCCUGCCUAAACUGGAGUACCAGUUGAGUUACGGGGUUGAGUGUCUCACCAGGGGUGAGGCAUGCCAGCUGUGGACAGAGACCCUGCUCCACUCCAGCACCAUUUCAUAUAUAGCUCACAUCAAUGCACACUCAUCAAAAGUAGCUCUGCUGAGGAAGCUGCCUGUCGACUGGAUGCAGAACAUUUCCUGUGGGUUCAAACCAUCCAACUCCCUGAAUAUCCUGCAUCACCUACUAAAAACGUUAACUAGGUUAGACGAAGGACGGUACCUGAUUGCACACAAGGCCGGGGAGCCUUUUGUGACCUUAUUAAAAGAAGCAGCUCCUGGGAAAGUGAGUCGCGGGGCGUACAACCUUCAGCAGCUCCACGGCUCAGUCCCACAGCCCCCAGCUUCUGGCCUUGUGCCGUGGAUACCUCUAGAUCCCCUCGUGGUCCUGCCGUUCCACCAAGCACACUGUCGUGUUCCCUGCACCUUUCCUCCAAAGGCGGCUCGACAUGAACCAUUUCAACCCAAUGACCGUGGAUCUGCACAGGCGAAGAAGUGGAAUGAAGGAGGAAACAAGUGGAAAAAAUGCACAAAACGUACAGCAAGGAGAAACAACUUUAUAAAAAAGUUGAUUCAGAAGUCGGUGUAAACCACUUUAUUAUAAUAUUUAAAUAUAGCACUGUUUCAGUCUAAAUCAUCUAUUAAAUCCAAAAGAAAA